GGCAGCGGGGACGCUGGCCGGCAUGGCCAGCUGGGUGUUCUGUAACCGCUGCUUCCAACCGCCCCACAGGACGGCGUGCUUCAGCCUGACCAACUGUGGCCACGUGUACUGCCAGGGCUGUCUGGGCAAAGGUAAAAAGGAUGAAUGCUUGAUUUGUAAAGUUCCUUGUCGUACAGUGUUACUUUCAAAACACACUGACUUAGACAUCCAGGCGCUCUUCAUGGGCAUUGACAGUCUGUGUAAGAAGUACUCAAGAGAGACCUCCCAGAUUUCAGAAUUUCAAGAAAAACACAGGAAGAGACUGGUAACCUUCUACAGAGAAAAGAUUUCUAAGUUGGAAGACUCCCUCCGAAAGUCAGUGCUGCGGAUACAAGAGCUGCAGAGCAUGAGAUCAUCACAACAAACAGCUUUCAGCACAAUAAGAAAUUCAGUUUCGACCCCUUCAGCAAAGCCAGAUGGCUGGCCAUUCCUGCCAACGGACUCGUCCUCCUCUGAAAGAGUGGAGUCCAUGGAAGUUGACCUCACUCCUUCCCCAAUGAGGAAGCCUCAGGUAGCAGCUGGCCCGCCGAGGAUCUCCCUGAUUAGUCCACCUCAGGAUGGGCGCAUGGGCAGCGUCUCCCACCGCGGCUCUCAGCACCUUGGCCUGACGCCAGGUCACAGCAGCGUGUCACAGGCUCUCAGGAUUCCACCACUGCAGAUCCCCUGCAAGGGACCGUCCCACACUCCAGCCCCCCAGGGACCAGGCAGAGCGGGACGAGGGGCCUCGCCUAGCCUCGGGGGCUCCCGGGCUCCGCCUCGGCAGCCCAUCAGCAUCUCAGGGCUGCUGCAGAGGCAGCACUUAGGCAAGUCUGCUCCCUGA